AUGCUGACAGCCCAGUCCGCCCAGCGUGGGCUGGCUGCAAGACGAGACGAGACGAAACGCAACGCAAAGGCAAACGCAGAAGCAGACGCAGACGGUGAUUUUGGCGUGAAAGAGGUUGGAUUCAUUCAUCUGCAGGGGCUGAUUUAUAUCGGUCUCAUUAUUGAAAGGCAGAGGUAG